GUUUUCAGAGUAAGCUCCAGAUCCACCGUAACCUUGAGAAAGAUAAAGAGGGAAAAUGUAAAAACCAAAGAUUACGGCAAUACAUAUUUACUCUUAAGAAAUGGGCACAGGAGCCAUACAAAACAAAAGAAAGUAGCUCAUCCUCCGUGGAGAUCGUUACCGAGUUACCGGACUUUGAGUCGCGGCUGAUGGCGGCUCCUUCGCGGAGUGAUCAUGUAGCAGUGCUGCUGGGAAAUGUGCUGCACGUCUGGGGUGGUUUACAGUAUGUGGAUGGAGAAGAAGUUGUGUUACCCAGUGAUGAGAUCUGGCUCUACGAUCUGGAAAGUGGAGUCUGGGCUCGCAUGGGAAUGGGUGGAGAGUUACCUCCUUUGCUUUCUCAGACAUGCGGCUCACUUCUCAGUGGAACGCUUUAUGUUUUUGGAGGCAGAGACAGUGACGACUACACCAACCAGAUGUACUGCGUAGACUUGCAAGAUGGAAAAUACACCUGGAGGAAAUUGAAUGCCUGUGAUGGAACCCCUCCCUCACCCAGAGACAGACACUCAUGCUGGGUCUACAAGAACAGGCUCAUCUAUUUUGGUGGAUAUGGAUGGAAAACAGUUCGAGAGAUCAGCAACUACAAAAGCUUCACAGUAGAUGAGACAUCAUGGGUGACAAAUGGCCGUGUGGUUUUCCGCUUUUGGGGUUGGAAUAAUGAGGUUCAUGUAUUUGAGCCCGACACAGCCACAUGGACUGAACCCCAAACCCAGGGCCAGCCACCUAAACCAAGGGGUUCCCACGCUAGUGCCAUUCUUGGCAGCAAGGGCUACAUCUGUGGUGGUUUGGAAACACAGACUAUAGACAUCCACUGUUUAGACCUGGUCACGUUUACAUGGACACAAAUAGAGCCUUUGGCCCCUCCCCUCCCGAUGGGCCGCUCUCUACACACACUCACCCCUACCUCACACAACACACUCUUCCUCUUUGGUGGCCUCAGCAUAUCUGGGCAGGUUCUCAGUGACGGCUGGGAAUUUGACACUGUGAAGAGAGAAUGGACAGAGAAGCCACAUAGCCACAGAGAUAAACCCAGGGUUUGGCACUCGGCAGUACAGGGAAAGGACAACGAUGUGGUGGUUUAUGGAGGAAGCCGAGACUACAUCUUAGUCAUGGAUAUGGUUGCAGUGCUCAGAUCUCCUUCACAGAGUCACUGCGGAGAUGUGCUGGUGUUUCAGAGCCAGCCUUAUUCACUCACCAGAUUAUGUGAGGACUGCAUAGGCAAACAUGGAUCUGUUUUACUGGAGAAGGUGUCAUCUUUACCACCCAGAAUUCAGGGGACCCUUCACAAGAGGAUAUCUUACUUCAAAACAGAAAUGCGGGAGCAAAGUGGUUAUACAUGAGCUCACGGACAAGCGAAUUAUACUGGCUCGAUUCUGUGAGCAUUUCUGCUCCAUCAACAUCCCUUUGUUUCAGAAGGACUUGAACAUAUAGUUUUUAUUUUUGUUACACAACAGGAUAUUAGGUCUUAAUGUUGUAUAUUCUUAUUAGAAGUGCCCUCAGCUACUUGAAUUUUAGAGAUUUAUUUUAGGAUUUAUUUUAACUACUGAAUCUUUAAAUAUUUAUGUUCAGAUUUGUAUAAGGAUAUAGAUUCUUUAUGUUUUUAUUCAGAUAGCUUGAUAUAUGAUGAGAUAUGAUUAAUUUCAACAUCCAUUAAUAAUUUAAAUAAAAGAAAUGAUCUAAACAAAUCAAUGGGGAUAAAUGUUUACGUGUGAAAAGCCGACCAAUUGGUUUGGACUGGAGAGGAUGUUUAUCAGCUUAAAGGGGUAUUUUUCUGGAAAUUCCUUUUGUUCUAGGGUUCUAGCAAACAAAAUUUAAAGGAUAUUAUCAAAGCGAUAGACAUUUUGGGGGCUCUAUGAUGAACACAGUGUACUCUAGAACUCGAAAAAGCACACACACCUCAUUAGUUGGUUUAAUUAUAAGUUUAUUAUUGAAUAUACUCAUGAAUUGGAAUGCUUUCUUAUAAAAUAACGAUGGAAUGAUAUGUCACAUUUAUGCCAAUAUAUACUAAUAAAACCUGGAGUUUUCUUCUUC